AAAGAGAUCCUCAGCUGGUCAGUCACAACUGUUGUGCACUAACUUCUUUCUUUCUCUUCAGCUCUUUCCUGAUUGUAUUUCUAGAAUCACCUGCAGCAUGUUAAAGAGGCCGUGUCUUAUUCACAAAAUCUAGAAACUCUUCAGGAACUGCUUUCCAGGAUUUGUCUUUCCAUCUCCCUUGACAAAUGCAACAGCCUCAUGAGAAACACAAACUGAUUUUUCUGAAGUUGCUGAAGCUGGUAUGAGCAGAGUGGAGGGCAAUUUUUUAGCUCAGUGAAGGUACGGGAUAUUUGAAAUGCUGAAAAGGAAACUACGGUUUUGCCACAACUCACUCUUCAGGCUUUUCUUGGGGCUAUCUCUUAUUCUAGUAAUCAUCUCAGUUUUGAAAGUUAACCAGAAACCAGACUUCCUAAACCGGAGAGAGCUGGAGCUGACUAAUGAAGACCCUAUCAGCACUAUUAGCUGCACGAAGAUAUUGGAGGGUGAUAUAGAAGAAAUUCAAAAGGUAAAGCUUGAGACCUUAUCGGUGUCAUUUAAGAAACGCCCCAAGCUGACGACAAAUGACUAUAUUAACAUGACAGCAGACUGUGCCUCCUUUACCAAGACUAGGAAGUAUAUUAUGGAACCCCUCAGCAAUGAAGAAGCAGAAUUUCCACUUGCUUACUCAAUAGUGGUUUAUCACAAAAUCGAGAUGCUUGAUAGACUCCUAAGAUCCAUCUAUGCUCCUCAGAAUUUUUACUGCAUUCACGUUGACAAAAAGUCCCCAGAAUCCUUUUUUGCUGCUGUGAAGGGAAUAGUUUCAUGUUUUGAUAAUGUUUUUAUUUCCAGCCAGUUAGAAAGUGUUGUAUAUGCCUCAUGGAGCAGGGUGCAGGCAGACAUUAACUGCAUGAAAGAUCUCUACAGAAGAAGCACAAAGUGGAAAUACUUAAUAAACCUCUGUGGCAUGGACUUUCCUAUUAAGACCAACCAGGAAAUAGUAGAGAGGUUGAAAGCCCUUAAGGGUGAAAAUAGCUUGGAAACGGAAAAAAUGCCUCUCUCCAAAGAAGUAAGGUGGAAGAAGCACCAUGAGAUUAUYGAUGGUAAAGUAAAGAACACGGGCAUAGACAAACAACGACCACCUCUCAGUACUCCAAUAUUUUCUGGUAGUGCCUAUUUUGUCGUUAGCAGAAGUUUUGUAGAACACGUACUAGAAAACCGCAAAAUCCUUUCAUUUAUCGAGUGGGCAAAAGACACUUACAGCCCUGAUGAGUAUCUGUGGGCAACAAUCCAGAGAAUCCCCGAGGUCCCGGGGGCAGUUUCUUCCAGUAACAAGUUUGAUGUUUCUGACAUGAACGCGCUGGCCAGGUUUGUGAAGUGGCAGUACUUCGAAGGUGACGUGUCCAAAGGUGCACCCUACCCGCCAUGCAGUGGGAUUCACGUUCGCUCCGUAUGCAUUUUUGGAGCAGGAGACUUGAACUGGAUGCUGCGAAACCACCACUUCUUUGCUAAUAAGUUCGAUACUGAUGUUGACCCUUUUGCUGUGAAAUGCUUGGAAGAAUAUUUGCGACACAAAGCUUUGUAUCAGCAAAAGAACUGAAAUACUCACGUUACGUUUUAUAAAACAUAGGUACAAAUAAGAUACACUAUAUACUUUAACAUGUAUGGUGGUGGUGGUGAUGGUGGCGGUGGUGCUGACGUACUUUCUCAUAUAUUGGUGGGAUGGUGAUGAGGCCUUACGGAGUGGUCCAUAGGCAAGGAGGAGAGACAACCUGUCCCAAGUGAAGACAAGGAUGCCUUACAUUGCAUGUUGAAGCUUAGGACUUUGGUAGAAAAUAUGGGAAUAGGUCAAGGAGAGCAAUUAUUGGAAGCCCAAAAUAGUCAGAAUAUUUAUUGUUAUCUAAAAAGCAUGAUUAAUGGGCUUCUUUCAGCUCAAUCAAUUGUUCGAAGACCUGGAAUAAGCAUAUUAUUCAUGGUUGCUUUUCAUGACUGUAACACUAUCUGGAAGGUAAAGAUGGAGAGAAAACGGGAAAAGAAGCAGCUGGACUGCACAAAGUUCAUGUUGAGAUGCUGAAAGAUCUCAGGAAAUUCACAAUGGAACUUUUUUGAAAGCUAAACAAAAGGGGAUAUACUGAAGCCAAAGUGAAUUUGAUGACUGCAGUUCUUCAAUACGUGAUUUUUAAUUCUCUUGGAAACUUCAGCUUGAAGUGUUAAA